AUGCCUUCCAGAGACGGUAGCAAGGCUUCAAGCUCUCAGGUGCCUUUGUAUGUGUGGGGAGGUUCCGAGGUGUACAAGAAGAGGUUUGUGGCCAACCUGCGCCGCGUUACAAAUGAAGAUCAAUUCCAGAGGUGGCGGGCUGCUUAUGCUUCUGCAAUUCCUAAGGAUGGCAUAUCAAGCUGGCGAAGCCUUUGA